CCCCGCGGAGGCGGAGAAGCAGUCCCAGAUCGCGCCCACCGCCUCGUCCGCAGAGAUGUCAAGAUUAGAGGCCAGCAAGGGGGGCGUACACACUAAGUUCAUCUCAAACCAUGGUCUGGAUUGCACAUCAUUGACCUACGACGAGCUUGAUGUGGCGACCGAGCGCUUCGCGCAAAAGCACUUCCUAGGAAAGGGCGGGUUUGGAGAGGUUUAUAAAGGUGUGCUGGAUGGCAACCAUGUGGCUAUAAAGAUCCUUAAUCCCAAUGGAAUGCAAGGGAACAGGGAGUUCUACACAGAAGUUAUGGUGUUGAGCAGGCUGGAUCACCCAAAUCUUGUCAAGCUUGUUGGCUAUUGCGCUGAAUGGGGUCAGAGGCUUUUGGUUUAUGAAUACAUGCCUUUGGGUUCACUGGAAACUCAUAUCUUUGAUCUUUCCCCUGAUAAGAAGCCUCUUGACUGGAACACAAGGAUGAAGAUACUUGCUGGGGCAGCUCAAGGCCUGCAGCAUUUGCAUGUUAGUACUGACCCUCCCAUCAUAAACCGUGACGUCAAAUGCUCAAACAUUUUGCUUGGAGAGGGAUAUCAUCCAAAGCUGUCCGACUUUGGCUUGGCAAAGCUAGGUCCAACUGGUGACGAUACCCAUGUUUCAACCAGAGUGAUGGGUACACCUGGAUAUUGCGCACCAGAGUACCUUGAGAGCGGUCAUAUUACUCUCAGGUCAGAUAUUUAUAGCUUUGGCGUUGUUAUACUUGAGGUUAUCACAGGAAGAAGGGCUUUGGAUCAGAGGCGGGGUAAAGCUGAGCGUAAUCUUGCUGAAUGGGCCACCCCUUUGAUCAACAAAAAGGAAUAUUCGAUAUUGGCGGACCCAGCGCUCUCCGGUCAGUACAGCGAGACAUCACUGGUCCAGGCCCUUGCUGUUGCUCAAUUGUGUGUCCGAAAAACAGCCAGCCAGAGACCACUGAUUACAGACGUAACUGCUGCUCUCACUUACAUCUCCUCACGGCGGCGGUCUGUAAGCUCAAGGAGAUCAUUCCGCAUGCAGCCAGCAUCUCCAGUUCACCGACUGGGGAAAUGAUAGCAGGAGCAUAUCACAAGGAGUCCAGUGCAUAUCAAAAGUGUGUUUCUGGAAGGCUUGCCUUUGCUCGAUGGGAGAAUUUUGUUUGUAGAUACUAAAUAGGCUCAUUUCUUGUCAUGUGUUGUAGUCUAUGAGACAUGCUUCGUAGUAUUUCAAGAUGC